AAGCCACAGAUUACACAUUCUGCUCACAGUCCGUGUGCGGGUGAAACGACCUGCAGAGAGAGCCGCAGAGAGUCAGUGGGCACCUCGGCUUUGGAGACGAGCGGCGCCGAGCAUCACUUUAAGAGGAGAUACUUCAGGGUCUGGAUAGUUUUAUAUUAAUCUGGGUCAUUGUGGGCUUCAUGCAUCGGAUGCACCUGUGGAUGCACCUUUCCCCCUGAUGUUUGGACUGAAACCUGCAACACCCAGGAGAUUCCUUGCAGCUCUCAGCCGAUAGUCCUUUCAGUUCACCAGCCUGCAUUUUUUUUUUUAAUAUAUAUAUAUUAUUAUUAUUAGAGGAAUAGCGCGAGAUGGUUCUGGGAGUUCUCUUCCUGGCGGUCUCUCUAUUCAGCAUCACCGGCGGCGGGGCGUCUUACGUGCCGUGCGAGCCGUGCGACUCCAAAGCCCUGUCCAUGUGUCCACCGGUGCCCGUGGGCUGCCAGCUGGUGAAGGAGCCCGGCUGCGGCUGCUGCAUGACGUGCGCGCUGGAGGAGGGCCAGCCGUGCGGCGUGUACACGGGGCCGUGCACGCGCGGACUCCGCUGCUUGCCCAAGAGCGGAGAGGAGAAGCCGCUCCACGCGCUCCUGCACGGUCGGGGCUUGUGCACGAACGAAAAGCUGUACAAGCAUCCACCAAAAGAGCCAGUUGAAACCAAGGUGCCCCUAUAUGGUGAUCACAUCAGCAGUCGGAAGGUGUAUGCUGUGAAGCAAGCCAAGGACCGCAAGAAGUAUAUAUCAAAGCUUGGAUUGACCAACCACCGUGAGCCCGUACCGCCUAGCCUGGAUAAAGUGGAGCCAGAAUUUGGGCCUUGCAAAAGAAAACUUGAUACUCUCAUUCAUAGCAUGAAGGACACUUCUCGGGUUUUGACUCUUUCUUUGUAUAUACCCAACUGUGACAAAAAAGGAUUCUUCAAGCGCAAGCAGUGUAAGCCAUCUCGUGGUCGGAAACGGGGCAUCUGCUGGUGCGUGGACCGAUUCGGCGAUAAAAUACCAGGUAUCAACUCCGCCCGUGGGGAACUGCAGUGCAAAGAUCUUGACAGCAUCAACAACAGCAACGAAUGAAAGCGAACCGCCUGCAUGCCCAUUUUUUUUCUUAAAACCUGCCAAACACAAGCCAGCACACUUUAUGACUGACAAUAAGGAGAAAAUGGCACAAACACUUUUAUUUUUUGGUGAUUGUGAUGGACUGUGUUGUCUGUUGUAAAGGGGAGGCAAACUUUAUCCUAUAUCGAAACGAGAAAUAUAAAUAGUUUCUGUUCAUAAAGGUAGCUAUUAUAUAUAU